AUGCUUGAUAUCGAAUGGCCAUUUCCAACUCAUGUGGACUUUCAUGGUCAAAAAAUGGCUGAAAGACUUUUUCAAGUCAUUAUUGUUCUUUUUGGCAUUAUUGGUUUUUUUGCUGGUUAUAUGAUGCAACAAUUUAGUAUGACUAUUUAUAGUGUUCUUUUUGGAUUAACAUUACCACCAUGGCCAAUGUAUCGUAAUAAUCCAAUUGAAUGGCAAAAACCAAUAGAUUCAAAUAAAGAAACAAUUACAAAUAAAAAUGUUUCAUCAGCAAAAUCACCAAAGAAAGAUGCUCGAAAACAAAAAGGAAAAAAAGAUGAAUAG